CCCGCCAAGAGGGUGGGGAUGGUCUGCUGCCCGUCCGGGGAGCUACGGCCGCAACCCGCGGGCCUCCCCCGGCCUGGUGAAGGGUGCGGGAGGACGGACGCUCUCCCUCCGGCCAAAGGCACCCACGCGGGGACCUUCCAGCACUUAUCGGAGCCAUGCCCCGGCGCUGCCCCGGGCGGGGUCAGCCCGGGGAACGGUCCUGCCGGAGCAGGGGAGAGGAAUGGGCCCAGCGACCCGACCCGAGCCAGGCCGAGUGGAUCCGAGCCUAACCGAGACGAGCCCGUUGCGAGGCGACCCGAGCCCAACCGAGCCCUAGGCGAAUGCAGCCAAAGGCGGAGCGGUCCGAUCCCCGAGGGGCGGGCUCGGAGGAUCUCGGUUCGGUUCGGGCUCGGCUGGGCUCUGCCCGGGCUGGGCCGGACGGGACGGGGCUGGGCUCGGCUGGGCUCGAGUCCGGGCUCGGCUGGGCUCGGCUGGGCUCGGCUCCGCAGUGGCGGGGGGGCGCGCGGCCGCGCGCGCGCGGCGGGAGCGCGCGGGGCGCAGAGGCGGCAGCCAAGAUGGCGGCGCGGGUGUCGCAGGGCCCGGCAGCCCGCGGGCGCUCUUAGGCCGCGGCCCCCCCGCCCCGCCGACCCCGGCCGGGCUCCCCGCCGCCCCGGCCCCUCCCGCCCUCCGGCAGCGGCGGCCGGCAGGAUGCUGCCCUCGCAGGAAGCCUCCAAGCUGUACCAUGACAACUACGUGCGGAACUCCCGCGCCAUCGGCGUGCUCUGGGCCAUCUUCACCAUCUGCUUCGCCAUCAUCAACGUGGUGGUCUUCAUCCAGCCCUACUGGGUGGGCGACAGCGUUAACACGCCCAAGCCCGGGUACUUCGGGCUGUUCCACUACUGUGUGGGCAGCGGGCUGGCGGGCCGGGAGCUGUCGUGCCGCGGCUCCUUCACCGACUUCAGCACCAUCCCCUCGGGCGCCUUUCAGGCGGCUGCGUUCUUCGUGCUGCUCUCCAUGGUGCUGACGCUGGGCUGCAUCACCUGCUUCGCCCUGUUCUUCUUCUGCAACACCGCCACAGUCUACAAGAUCUGCGCCUGGAUGCAGCUGCUGGCAGCGCUCUGCCUGGUGCUGGGCUGCAUGAUCUUUCCCGAUGGCUGGGAUGCAGAGACCAUACGGGACAUGUGCGGGGAGAAGACAGGGAAGUACUCCCUGGGCGACUGCUCCGUACGCUGGGCUUAUAUCCUGGCCAUCAUCGGCAUCCUCAACGCCCUUAUCCUUUCCUUCCUGGCCUUUGUUCUCGGCAACCGGCAGAACGACCUGCUGCACGAGGAGCUCAAGACAGAGAGCAAAGAUUUUGUUGGCACUGCGAGGAUAUAAGGCCGACCAUCCGCAGCAGGACCCUCUUCCCAUGGCCGGCAGCCCGGGCGCUCCCUCCCUGUCCUGCCCUUCAUUUGCUGCCAGCGGCCACACAGCGUCCCGCGCUGCCCUCCGGGCCCCGGUGCCCGCGCCAGGGAUGCGCCCGCCGCCCGCCGCAUCCACGGCCACCUCCAUGUCCACGCCGGCACCACCAUCCCACGCACCCUGCCAGCUCCGUACCCACCGCUGCCUGUGGGCCGCUGCCGGGGGAGGAUGCCUCAAACCCGCUUUGUUCAAGAACAGAAUCCAGCUGCGGUUUUGUUUCAAGGAAAAAACAGUCUUGGAGUUUUUAACAGAUUUCUACAUCCCCAGAACUCCUGACCUGCUGCCUCCCACCCGAACGCGCACCCAGUGACGCCCCAUGCCGGCUGCUCCGGGUCCCGGACCCCUCCCCACUCCCAUUUUGUACAGCUCCGUGAUCCUGUCUCCACAGCCAGGGGACCCGGUGGCCAGGAUGGGGCCCAACCCCUACUUUUACAUGUAAAUUCAUAUUCUCUAAACAGGGUAAAGUGACUCGAGCCCCCUCUCCCCCCGCCCCGGGAGUCCAGCCCAGGGACAUGGUGUUUCCUGGUGCGUGGCCGGGGCUGCAGGCUGCUGCUCGCUCCCCGCAUGGGGACCGCAGGGGCCUUGCUGCUGCCGGCCGUGGGACACCCGACUCGCGCCGCCGUUGAAUGUAAGCCCUGGUAAGUGGGAGCAGCUGAACAUGCAAAACCCCUGGGCGGGCACAGGAGGAUCCCCCCUGCCAAGACCCCACCCCGAGCCGGCCGCGGGCUGUUGCCAAACGCCUUCCCUCCCCAUCCCCAUACGGUGCUUUAUCUCCACUGGUGACAGCAAGGCUUUCCCCGCCACACGGCAUGGCCGGGUGUACCCGAGCGCUCCUGUACCCACCCGGCCUCCCGGCUGUAGCUCGCUGGCCCGCAGUGAUGGCGUGCAGGGGGGCCUGUGGCCGCUGCCCGGGGCAGCGCCGAGUCUUGCGGCCUCCGAGGCCCACACACAGCACCUGCGAGCCGACACCCCGGCAUGGUGGCUGCAGCCUGGCUGUGGCUCUGCUGGCCAGACCAGCGUGUGUGUGGGCUUCCCCUGGCAACAGGGGCUUGGGUCACCACAGCCCUUGCAAUGCAAUAAAGUCCUCAGCACUGGCCGUGUCUCAGUGCGAGCAGCUGGGGCUCCUUGCAGAGCCCAGAGCGGGGGCCCCCAGGGGCUUGUGGGGGCCCUGGCAGGGCUGGACCCAGGCACUGGGCAAGGCCAGGGAGCAGGGCGAGCGGGAGCAGGGAGCAGAGCGGGACCACGGCCCUGGGAUUGGGCCAUGGAGCGUGGAGAGUGCUGGGGGAUGGCAGUGAAGGGCUCUGCAGGACCCAGCGCCUUGCCAGGCACCGGGGGCGGGCUGGAGCAGGUAAGUGGUGCCCCGAGGCCCUGCGGGGUGCUGCUGGGGGAUGGAGCUGUGCUGAAACACCAUCUGGGAGCCAGAGCCACCCGGGAUGGAGUGGGUGCCAGCACUCCUGCCAGUGCCCUCCGCCAGCCAUGAGCCCAGCGGUGCCCACACCCCUCUGACAGCUGCCCCCCAGAACAAGGUCAACAGGAACACGCAGCGCCUGGGUCUUGCCAGCUUGCAAGUGCUGUUGCCAGCUGAAUUGGAAAAACAAACCAAGAAAAUCAGUGGAGAAAGGAAUACAGUAGCUGUAAUAUAUCUGUAUUUUAGUACAAAGUUUGAUACAGUGUUUCACAAAACCUUAUUGAAAAAUAUAAUUCAAACCAGACAAGCUCGGAGCCCUGUGUUAUGGGGAGGGUUGGGAUGGGUUCUUUCUGGCCAUCACCAGAGGUGGUCUGCAAGGCCUGUGAGUGUCUUGAGCUGUGGUGGGGAGCCCACGCUGCAGCCUGCAGAGCUGAGCUUGCACCCGCAUGGGCUGGCACACAAAGCGGGGCUCUGGCCACAGAAGUCCCCAGAGAAAGUGUCUGUCCCACUUCAUGGCACAGCAGGGGGGGGGCAGGGAUCCCAUCCAUCCCUAGGAGCAUUUGAACCAGUCCCUUCUGCCUGUCCUCAGUGCACGAGUGGUCUGCCAGCUCACUAACACAGAUUGAGAGGAACCUCCUCUCUUCAUAGCCAGUGUCUAGUGGCAUGCUCGGGUAGAAGGGUGGGGAGACCAUUCCAGGCUGUGUGAGGGCAGCAUGGGGAGCUCUGGGACUUGCAGAGAGCUUUGGCCAGGUCUGGCUCCCCCGGUGUGGGACACGCUCACAGCCAGGUGAGCCCUGCAGACAGCAGAAGAGGCUGAGAAGAGUGGGGUUGGUGCUAACCACAGUAGCUUUCAUGGAAAUAGUGGAGCCACUGUUUCGGGAGACACAAAAGGACAGAAUGAACCCUGACAGACGCUGUGCCACAGUGUCAGGGGGAACAGUCUCACAGUGAGGGCAAUCGAAGACCAGAAGCCUUGGGCACCUCAAACCAAUACUUGCAGACACACAUGGCAGACACCCAUGCCGGGCUCAGCCCAUGUCAGGCUUCCUAAGGAAAAGGCAAGCAGUAUGAAACCCCUGGAUACCAGGUCCUGCCACACCAGAAAACAGGUUUUAAAGCAGGUGCAGUGGUGCAGGGGGCACCCUCCACAUCCAUCUCUUCCCCAGAUGUGCUUGGGCAAGAAAAACAGCAGCAGCAGAGCCAAAAAUCUCAAUCCCAGCCAGAAGCUCAGGGAAUUUCCUCAGGAACAGCAGCUCCCACAGCAGCUCCUAGCUUCACCUGGCAGCAGACAGGAGGGAGGUCUGCAAGGCUGCUCCUGAAAGGAUUUUCUUACCCUGCAGGCGACAGGUAAUAGAGACUUACAUGCCCUCACCCCCUCACCCUAUGUUCUGGGCACCAGUGCUCAAGGUAGUAAGAAAUUCAAAAAUACCGAUUUUCAAGUUAAGUAUUUUUAUUAUCAAAAUUAUUACAUCUCUUGUGAAAGUUCAAAUGUUACAGCAUGGUGUAAAAACUCCACUAGAGUAAGAAGCUACAGCCCCCACCUUUCCUAGAGCUUUCCAGGGUCCCUCCCCCUCCUGCCCCCCUGCUGUGCCCGAAGGUGCUGGAGCCUCUGGGCAGGGCCCCCCUGGCCCCCUCCCGCCUGGCAGGGCAGAGCCCGCCUGCCCCGUGCUGCUCAGAGCACGAAAGGGGAGGCUGCACCUCCAGGGCUAAGCCAAGUGAAGUUUACACCUAUUUUAUACAGUAUACAGACACCCAACUGCGGGGUGACAAGUUCCAUCCCAACACGCUCACAGCCAGACAGUGUGAGAAAGUUACUCUUUGUUUCAAUAUUUUAAAAGUCUCCCCUAGGCUGAACAAACACCUGAUUUCAAUUGUGAAUUAGAGAAAUCUGUAACAGUCCUAAAAAAAGAGGAAGAAGACUGUGCAUCUGCAAGGAGAGGGGAGACAGACUCACAGCAUUAUGUUAUCCAAGAGAAAGGAGAAGUUCCACUGCAGCACCAGGGAUGACACCUGUCAUAUAUUAGCUAACCUACUAUGGUUAUAACUGAAUAUAAAAUUAGAUAAAUAAAAACACGCCCGAUAUUACAGUAAACAAGUGAGAAAGAAGCUGGCAAUCGUAUGGAAUUGAACACACAGCGCACUGUGUCUGGGCUGGCUCUCCUGCCACGCUCGGCGGGUGACAGCGGCUGGGAAAGCCCCCAAUGGCACUGCCUGGAGAGCCUCUGGCUCAGCACAGACAGGGUGCCCACCCACCACCCCACCACUGCCUCUUGCAGCCCCCCGCUCCUCUGCCUGCAGCCCCCCGCUCCUCUGCCUGCAGCCCCCGUGUGCCGCAGCGCCACUUGACUGAUCAGGCCCCGGGAUCCCCUGUGCAUCGCACACCAGCAGCCAGAGAGCCCCCGGCGCGGCAGCACGUGGCAGCACGGCCCCAGCCGUGCUCCCGUUCACAGAUUCCUUAAGCGACCUUAGAAACCCCCAUCCAUGACAGACCUGCAAUGAAGCAGCACACGGCAGUGCACCCAGAUCCUCUGCAGCCACAGGCAUGUGCUCCAAACCCCUCACAUGCUGUUUGCAUUUGCGGAGACUCUGUUGUCCUGGAAAAAGCU